AUGGGCGUUCCGCCAGGUUCGCAAGCAGCUCCACUUCCGAGCAAUCUACCCUUCCGACUCGUCUCCAAAACUAUCGGGUCCGGCGCAUAUGCAUCCAUCCGCAAGGCGGUUCCCAAAGACAAACCGAAGCCCGUCAUCGCCGUCAAAUUCAUCAACAAAGAGCACGCCUUCAGAGUAGGUCGCUUACGGCCCAAGCAGAUUGAGCUCGAGAUCAGUCUGCAUCGCCAGGUGUCGGGCCAUGCCAACAUAAUCCGCUUCUUGUCGCACGGCGACGACCAAUCGUGGAUCUGGAUCGCCAUGGAAUUGGCCGAGGGCGGCGACUUGUUCGACAAGAUCGAGGCCGACGAGGGUGUAGGAGAGGACAUUGCUCACUUUUACUUCAAGCAGCUCGUCAACGCCAUUGCCUGGUGUCACGGCAAAGGCGUCGCGCAUAGAGACAUCAAACCCGAGAACAUGCUGCUGACGGCGAACGGCGACCUGAAGCUGGCCGAUUUUGGCCUUGCGACUGCCUUCCUCAACCCCAAGACUGGAGACACCAAAAUGUGCGGUCUGGUCUGCGGAAGUCCACCCUACAUUGCACCCGAGAUCAUCCAGGUCGGUCACGCAAACCAAAAGAGGAAGCAUGGCGAGGACAAGUUUGGCUACUGUCCCAAUAUCUCGGACAUUUGGAGCUGCGCCAUUACACAAGGGCGUCCUGAAGACGAGCUCUGGGAAAAGAUACCCUCCGAGGCACUGAGUCUGCUUCGAGGCAUGCUCAAGGUCGACGUACUCGAACGCUUCAAGCUGGACGAUAUCCGUAUUCAUUCAUGGUACACGCGCCCAAACAAAUACAUGAACUCCAAGGGCACCGUCUCAGACUCGGUCAGCCUGGCUACCAACAUGAUUGAGCGCCUGCACAUCGACUUUACCACCGUCCCCGAUUCAUCGCAGAGCCAGGAGCCACCCAAACAAGUCGAGUCGCAGCCUGCACCUGCUCUUAUAUCCACCCAGCCCGUCACUCCAGCCUUUGACCAACCCUUCGACUGGGAAGCUCCACCACGUUUGGCAGGCCUCACGGCUUCUCAACCCGUAACAGCACACGACUCUUCUCGCGUCGUCAUGACUCACGACCUCAUCGCCGCUCAACUCUCGCAAGAACCGCACAUGACCCAGUUCAGUCAGAACCACAAUGUACCUCCAUCCUUGACACAGAACGCCCGACGCUUCCGUGAUAUCGUACCCGCACAAUCUCUUGCGCGCUUUUACUCCUACCAGGCCCUGCCUCAGUUGUUGGGCACCGUACGCAGUGCGCUGCACACACUGAAUAUACCUAUACACGCCUCUACCGCUGCCGACGACAAAGCCAGACAAGCCUACAUACGCAUUCGAAUGAGCGAUGGUCGCAAGCAAGGACUCAGCGGCAACGUGGUACUCGAGUCUAUCACCGAAGACGGGCUUGUCGAGGUCAGAUUUGUCAAAGCCAAGGGCGAUCCGCUCGAAUGGCGCAGGUUGUUCAAGCGGGUCGCUGUUCUGUGUCGCGAUGCAAUCCUCAUGCCCAGAGAAUAA